GGUAGUCCUACACCUUUCUUUAACUAUUGCUUUUGCAUAUCUCUUAAUAUUUUGAAGCAUUCUACAUAUUAAAUUGAACUCCUUGGGGCUGAAAGUGGGAGUGGCUCUCUGUCGCCCCCUGCCGGCCCCCAUGGGCAGCGUGCUGGCCUUGUCAUCCCGCCCGGGGCGUCAGAACUCUCCGUUCCCGCGCGACGCGCCGCUCUCCAGGUGGGACCGCAGGGACGGGCGCCUUUCCAACCCCGGCAGCUUCGACGGGCUCCACCGCAGCUGCAAAGAUGUCUUUCCUCAGCAAACAGAAGGAGUCAAACUGGUUGUCAACAAGACUCUGAGCAGCUUCUUUAAGGUCAGCCACACUUUCCAUCUCAGUGCAGUGGGACCAUCAAACUAUCGCUUCCAUGUCUCCUACCUGCAGUCGGACAUGGAUAGCAAAGAAGUGGAUUCCCCCAUGCUGAUAGGGGAGAUGGACUCCUCUGGCAGUUUAAAUGCCCACUCUUUGUUUCACCUCAGCGAACGAAUCCGUGCCAAAGCUGUGUUUCAGACACAGCAGUCCCACUUUGUCACCUGGCAGUUUGAGACGGAGUACAGGGGCAGUGAUUUUACAGCUGCUGUGACUAUGGCGAACCCAGACAUCCUCAGGGAGUCAGUGAUCAUGGUGGCACACUUCCUCCAGAGUGUAUCCUCACAAUUGGUCCUGGGAGGGGAGCUGGUAUACCACCGCGGUCGUGCUGAGGAGGGCGGAAUCCUCACGUUGGCAGGCCAAUAUUCAGGACCAAACUGGGUGGCGACAUUAAACGCUGGCAAAGGAGGUGCCCACAUGAGCUACUACCACAGAGCCAACAAGCAGAUUCAGGUUGGGGUGGAAUUUGAAGCCAGCACAAGGACUCAGGAAACUACUUUUUCUUUUGGCUACCAGAUGGAUCUCCCUGAAGCCAACAUGGUCUUCAGAGGGAUGGUGGACAGCCGGUGCAUCAUCGGCGGUGUUUUGGAGAAGCGACUACGCCCCCUACCUGCUACCUUGAUCAUGGGAGCUUUUGUCAACCAUCGUGGGGAUAAGCUGCAGUGUGGACUGGGUGUGAACGUCGGGUAGAACACCCUCCACCUUUGCAAGACCCCACCCUGUGCCUAAAUAUGCUGUGGAUGGCUGAGGUGACUGGGGAAAUUUUCAGGUGGUACACUAACCAAAAUCAGCCGUCCAUAAGGAUUUUUGGGGAAAGGAAAAUGAGGAGAGUCCAGCUGCAGGAGGCCCAACAGGAAUCAGCAGUCUUUGGACUUUCUUAGUUCCACGACUGUACAUGGACCUAUUGCUAUGCUGUGUGUGAACUGACAUUAAAGUGUAGUGAACAGCAUAGUGCAGAUGACUGAACCAACAUAGACAGCAUAUAGGCCUUCUGUCAAGAAUGUUGGAGGACCAGUAAACCUUUCUUUCCCAUGUAGCCAAAACAUAACUGUUCAUUGUAGUCAAUGAAUCAGACAAAAUACCACACAAAUAAUUAUUGUAAUGAUCAAGGCAGUUUAAUUGUUCCUUAGUAUUUAAUUGAAAAGUGACUCUUACUACUGUUUCUGUGUUGUAAGACCAAGGUGGUUAACUAAAAGCCUAAAUAUAAAUUCUGUGGGUUACAGAAACCAGAAUAAUUGGCUGCUUUGUAAUUGCUUGAACUUCUCCUGAUAACCAAAUCGGCAUGAAUGAAUGGAUAAAGAUAUUACCGUGCACAUUUUCAACAAUUUUUCUGCUCCUGCUAAUUAACUCCAAACAAAAGAAGUCCAUGUGAGUGUGAGGUAGUUUUUUGGUGCUUAACUCAAAAUGGUACAUCAGAUAGAUGUGAGGCGCACAACUCUGGCCUGUGGUCUUUGAAAGCUGGAUCCCUGCAGGUUUUAGAGGAUGCAUUUAAUGCUAGUUAACAUAUGGAGUACCAGCUGAGGUGACAGUGUCCCAUUAACUACUAUACUACUGAGUAAAUACCA